AUGGCUGAUACUACAUCAAGCGCUAUUCCGCACGAAAUUAGCACAUACGAUCUCUUUCAUUAUAUUCCCAAUCUUCCUCUAGCUGUAGUGGGCACUGUAGUGUUUGGCUUGUUUUUCUUAUACUUGACAGCCCGUGUGUACAUGACUAAGAGCCCAAGGUUUUUAUAUAUAUUGCCAGGAACUGCAAUUUGCGAAUGCAUUGGCUAUGCCGUUCGAGUUCAAUGUCACUCGAAAACAACAAUACCGACAUAUGCUGUGAUGACUCUGUUCCUUCUAUUGCCUCCUAAUGCUCUUGCUCUUGUCAAUUACAAGUGUGCUGGUGAAAUUAUUCGAUUGUCUAAUGUAGAAGCUAAAUUCUUCUUUCUUAAACCCAAGUUUGUUACAUGGUUUUUCUUUUCAAGUGAUGUGUUUGCAUUUUUGAUGCAAAGUACUGGUGGUGGUAUGCAGUCUACAGGUGAUCCUAGUCUUUCAAGCACAGGUUCUGCUAUCACACUUAUUGGCUUGGCUGUCCAGUUGCUGUUCUUUGCUUGUUUUGCAUUCAUUGCUUUCUAUCUUCAUCACAGCCACAAAUACAACUACCACAUUGAUGGUCAAGUCAGUCCUAAAAAACACCUUUCUUAUUGUUUGUAUAUCACUAUUGUACUCUUAUACAUCCGUUCUAUCUAUCGUAUUGCUGAAUAUGCUACUGGUUAUGGUGGAUCAAUUGCUAGACUAGAAUGGGCUUUCUAUGUGUUUGACAGUCUUAUAAUUUUACUUUGUUUUAUUUCCUAUUCAGUUCUUUACAUCGGUAACUAUCUUCCUAAGCGGGGCUCAGAAGAACACAAUGCCACACGGAAAAGGGCGAGAACAUUAUGUUGUACAAUUUAAAUAAAUAGACUUUUAUGCUUUUGUUCAAUGUC